AUAUUUUGGGAUCCUACCUGUGUAUUUCAGUAGUUUACCCGAGCUUCCGAACUGGGUACUGAAUAAGGAGAGCUUGGGUUCGAAUUCAGAUAAGCUCGACUGACUGUGACUGUAUUAUAGAUGCGGUAUGGAUAAUUCGACCCAAGGGAUGCAGCCGAAUACAAUUCAUGUGAACAGACCGAGGGGGUUUUUCGAUGGGAGAAAUCGAUCGGUGCUGUUUCGUUGGUUUUCCCGUAAACGUUGAGGCGGGUCGUGAUAAGUGUGUAUCCCUCCUGCUUCAAGCGACUGAGAAUCACAGACCAAACGUUGAACUGGGAAAGACCGAAGAUCGGAUUUCGAAGCUGUUUGUGAACUGUGUGUGCGAUUUGGAAUAUUGGAAUGGGGGCAAUUUGUGCUGUUGCGUGAUGUCGUUGUAAAAAAGAGGAUCGAGAAAAAAGUGGCCAAUAAUCGAAAUACAAAUUGGAAAAGUAAAAUGAGGAGUGCACUUCAGCUGAGCGCUAACUGUGAAAGUGUAGAGGACGAAAAAUAAACAACGAAUCGAGUGGGACAUAGGGAGAUAGGAAAAAAGUGAACUGAAGAACUUUCGAACCAUGGCCUGGAACCCGGAAGAGAAGUGAACACGCGGAUUUCACCGUUGAUGUAUCAUCCAAAGUGGAGCGUGUAGCUGUAAAUGCUAUAGAAAAGGUGUACGACUACGACUGGGAUUAUGGAUGGCAGUUUCAGGGGAAGGUAAAAGUGAGCCCGCGGUGAGUGACGGAUGCAAAAUUUAAUUUAAUGCCAUCGUUCCCCACUAACAAAGAAGAAAACCGGCAGCGUAACCUCUUGGGGACUCUCGGCAGCAGUAUCAGAAACCACCCCCACCCGAUCGCUGCUGGAAGUGCUGUAGUGUGUGCUAGAGAGUUGACAUUUGUGUGCCGUCGUCGAGCGUCGCUGGGUGAACGACGUCGAUCCGGCCGCCGACGACGGACGACGACAGGUGGCUAAGGGACGAAGAAAGGGGGGAUGAUGGGGAUAAUAAUGCCAGAUCCGGCGUCUUUUCGAUUAUCCUUCUGCCUUCUGCGAAAGAGCGACGACGUCGACGGUUUGAGUCAGCGUCGUUGGAGGCGACGGCGUCGGCAUCGGUCUCAUCGUCGAAGAUCCACCGGUAAAGCAGCAGCAAUAACAACGAUGAGCAGCUUCAUUGGAAUGCUUUUGGGAUUACUUACAAUAUCAGAAUCCCUAGCCCUCCGACUAACGACGGUUCGCAUUCCGACGUACAAAUUCCGUGGCGAUUCGGCGCUGCUCGAGUGCCAGUACGAGCUGAACGGCCAGCACUAUCCCCAGAAUCAUCAUCAUUCCCAACAGCAGCAGCCGCAUAGCACCCAGCAUCUUUAUCAAAAUCAGUAUCAAAAUCAGCGAGCCCGACCGCGGCCAAACAACGAUUCCUUCGGGAAUUCCGGCCGCUUCCAACAACAUCAUCAGCAGCGAAAACCGGUGCCCUAUCCGCAGCAGGACGAUUACUAUUCGGAUUCCGAUGGUGGCGCGGCAGACGAGCGCCUCUACUCGAUAAAGUGGUACAAGGACAACGAGGAAUUCUACCGAUACGUGCCCUCGGCCAGCCAGCCGAUCAAGAGCUACAAAAUCGAGGGCAUCCGGGUAGAUCCCAAUCAUUCGGAUGGGUCCCGGGUCUUCCUCAAAGGCCUGACGCUCAAAUCUUCCGGCGUCUAUCGGUGUGAGAUUUCGGCCGAGGCGCCCAACUUCGAUUCGGUGCAGGGCGAGGGCCGGAUGGAUGUGAUAUUUGUCCCCCGGGAUGGUCCCCACAUCAAUGGAAGCGGCGAAAGGCACCAGUCCUCGUCGUACCACAUCGGCGAGCUGAUGGAGCUGAACUGCACUUCGGGCCGAUCCUAUCCGGCUUCGACUCUCCAGUGGUACCUCAACGACCAGCUGGUGACCGACCCUCAAGCCCUUGUGUCCUACCCUCGGAUGGUCAAUCAACACGGGCUGGUGACCACAGUUCUGGGCCUGAGUAUGGUGGUUCAGCCACGCCACUACAUCGACGAGCUGAUGCGGCUCAAGUGCGUGGCCAGCCUCUCGCCCGUUCUCUGGAGGAACGGCAAGGAAAGCAUCGUCCAGUGGGAACAACCCAGCAUAGACGACCGGGUGGCCAUGCUGCUGGUGAAGAGCGGAUCUCUUUCCCGGUGGCAUUCCGGCCCAAGUCUUUGGCAGCAGCCCAUCAUGGUCAGCGUCCUACUCAGUGCGGUGUCCUUGAUGUUGGCCCAUCAUCCGAAGCACCCAGUAUGGUAGUCCUAGCGUCGCGGCGUCGUUUUAGUCAUCCCAUGUUGGAGGGAAAAUUGUUCUCCUGCCGAAGGGGAAAGGUGUAGUUCGAAUGUGGUGUGGAGGGUAUGUGUGCUUUUUGGUUAGAAUUUAUGUGGGUGAAUGAAAGCGGUGAAACAUAAAUAGAGAGAAAGUGCUGUUUAAAGUUGUAUAUUUACGAAACGACGACGGAAAAAUCGACUGGAUGCUGCAUGCACUGAGAUGAGAGACAACAAAAGAAAGAAGCGAACAAACAUAAAGAUGAAAACUAGAACCCGAAGAAAACAAGAAUCAUUUUCCAAAGUGGAAAAAAGGUCACUCGAAGAAAAUGGUCACCGUUGCUGAGUUGAGGGCAGAAAAAAAUACACUUAUCGUUGGACAUUUUAUUUCUUCUCCACUUCUGAGGACAGUUUUGAACGAAGAAGAUUCUCUCUGUUUCUCGAAAACGAAAUAACUAUAAGCAACGGUGAUUUAUUCUGUUUUUUUUUUUAAACGUUAUUUCGAGAGACCAGAAAAGGUAUGGUUCUAUUUGUUUCGAACACUUUCGGAAGAAACAAAUUUCAAACAGCAAAAAAAAUGUUUAAAAACCGGUGCAAGCAAGUGUCACCAGAGAAAGAAGUAAAGUGAUAAAGGAAGUUGCUGUUUUUUUUUGCAAUUCAGUUCUCAAGGAGUUCAGUUCAGUGUAUUCAUUUCCGAUCAGGGACAGAAUUUGUACAGAUUUAUCGAUCUCAGAAUCGUGCUGUUUUUAUUUCUACCUAUUAGCCAAUAAGUUAUUACCUGUAUUGUACAUACAAUCUAGGAUAAGAGGAUACCUACCUAUAAAAUGAGAUGAAAAAAAAAGAAACCUAAAAACGAAAGUGUACUCCAGAAACAGUUGUUGAGCAUUGUAUAGUAAAUUUAAUUUUUGUAUAUAAAAGUUAGCUGGCGAAUCAAAUCAC